AUGGAGACCGUGCUGUUGGAGCACUUCCCCGGGGGGCUGGACUCCUUCUCCUCGCCCCCCUACUUCGACGAGGAGGAUUUUUUCUCCGAGCCUCCUCCGCGGGACGUGCUGGCCGCGGACGGGCUGCUGGAGCCGGACGUGGAUUUCCUCAGCCGGCAGCUGCAGGAGUACUACCGCGACGGCGGCGACCCCGAGGGCGGCUUCCGCUGCCCGGCGCCGGCCGCCGCCUUCCCGCCGUCUCCCGCCUCGCCCGGCUUCGCCUACGAAUGCUGCGGGGCGGCUGGCGCGGCCCUGCUGUCCCCCGGGGUGCGGCUCCAGGCGCUGGGCUCGGCCAAGCGGCGGCGGCGGGUGCGCUCCGAGGCGGAGCUGCAGCAGCUCCGUCAGGCCGCCAACGUGCGGGAGCGGCGGCGGAUGCAGUCCAUCAACGACGCCUUCGAGGGGCUGCGCUCGCACAUCCCCACCCUGCCCUACGAGAAGCGCCUCUCCAAGGUGGACACGCUGCGCCUGGCCAUCGGCUACAUCAACUUCCUCAGCGAGCUAGUGCAGUCCGACCUGCCGCUGCGCAGCGCCAGCAGCGAGAGCCCCAGCCAGCCCAAGAAAAUCAUCAUCUGCCACCGCGGCACAAGAUCUCCCUCUCCGAGCGACCCCGACUACGGACUCCCCCCUCUGGCCGGUCACUCGCUGUCGUGGACUGAUGAAAAGCAGCUCAAGGAACAAAACAUCAUCCGGACAGCCAAAGUGUGGACCCCCGAGGACCCGCGGAAGGUGAACAACAAACCCUCCGUCAACGACAUAGAGAACGAGCCCCCCUUCGACUACGCGGCGUGAGGCGCCGCGCGGGUGGUCCCCGCCCGCUCUGUACAUGCUGUAUGUAGAGACCUAUAUUGUAAAUGUAAUUUAAG